UCCACAUCCUCUCUCUCUCUCUCUCUCUCUCUCAUGCUCAUGGACAUGCUUUGGGUGACUUUGAUAGUGCUUGCACUGCUCUCAGGCAUUUGGAAGCUCUUCCAAAAUCUUGUAUGGAGGCCUCAUGCCUUGACAAGAUGGUUUGAGAAACAAGGGAUAACAGGCCCAUCUUACACUUUCAUAUCAGGCUCUCUUAAAGAAAUCCAGGGCCUAAAGAAGCUUGCAAAUGAGAAGGUUCUGGACACACACUCACAUGACAUCAUCCCAAGGGUCAUGCCUCACUACUACAAAUGGUUCUCACUGCAUGGAGAUAUGUUCCUGUAUUGGUUUGGGACCCGGCCCCGGGUGUGCAUAACCGAGCCAGAGUUAGCCAAGGAAGUGUUAUCAAACAAGUCCGGUUUCUACACCAAGGCAAAGGCUCGCCCUUCCUUAGCUGCCAUUCUAGGCAAGGGUUUGGUUCUGGUGGAGGGUGAUGAUUGGGUCAGGCAUCGGAAGGUUGUCAACCCAGCUUUCCAUAUGGAGAAGCUCAAGGUGAUGACAAAGACAAUGGCAGCUUGCACACUAUCCAAGCUUGAUCAAUGGCAAGAGCAAGCUAUUCAAACCAAGGAGAAGUAUAAAGAAAUAGAUAUGAGUGAAGAAUUUCAACAGCUUACUGCAGAUGUAAUUUCCCAAACUGCUUUUGGAAGUAGUUUCAUUGAAGGGAAAGAAGUCUUUGAAGUUCAAAAGGAGCUUUUGCAACGGGCGGCAGCUUCCAGUAACAAUAUCUUCAUCCCCGGCAGCCAAUAUAUUCCUACUAGGUGGAAUGUUCAAACAUGGAAACUCAACAGAAGAGCAAAGAAUACUCUUAAGCGUAUCAUAGAGAGUAAACUGAAUUCAGAGGACGAAAGACACUCAGAUUCCAGAUAUGGAGAUGACCUACUUGGAUUGUUGUUGGGAACGUUGAUGGCCGAAUCUGGCAGAAAGCAAGGCAUUCAGCUGGACAUGGAUGAGAUAAUAGAUGAGUGCAAGACGUUCUUCUUCGCAGGCCAUGAGACCACAUCUCACUUACUAACUUGGACUAUGUUUGCAUUAAGCUUACACAGUGAGUGGCAGGAAAGCCUCAGAGAAGAAGUGUUGAGGGAAUGUGGCACGGAAAUCCCGGAUUCUGACAAGCUCAGCAAGCUGAAAUUGGUGAACAUGGUUCUUCUAGAAACCUUGAGGUUGUAUCCCCCAGCAAUCUUAUUGACGAGAAUGGCUUCUAGAGAUACAAAGUUGGGGGAUGUUUCGAUCCCAAAGGACAGCGAAAUAGCAAUUCCAGUGCUGAUGAUUCAGAGGAGCAAGAAGUUCUGGGGCGAGGAUGCAAACGAGUUCAAACCAAAAAGAUUUGCAGAUGGGAUCGCAAGGGCAGCGAAGCAUCCGAAUGCUCUGCUGGCAUUCUCUGUAGGCCCAAGAGCAUGCAUCGGGCAGAACUUUGCAAUGAUGGAAGCAAAGAUGGUGGUUGCCAUGAUCCUUCAGAGGUUUACUUUCACCCUCUCUCCUCAAUAUCAGCAUGCGCCAGUGGAAAAACUUACUCUGCAGCCACAGUUUGGCCUUCCCAUCUUCCUACAACCUCUUCGUGAGUAAAACAAAUAUGUAUGUUUCUGAGAGUAUUACGUUAAUCUCCAAUCAAUAAGGCGGGCUUCUGUUCAUGUUAAUGGUUGUUAUUACAGUCUUUACUGUAUGUAAGUUGCGAUAUAUUUAAGUGUAAGAGUGCAUAUUUAUGUAGUGGUCAUAUGGAGCACCAUGUCCUCGGAGAUAAUAGUGAAUAUUAUUUUAUUUUAUUUUAUUGAGUGAGGAUAUAAUCACUUGUCGCUAAUUAUCAAUAUAAAUAAAAGAUUGUAGAGGAGAAGAAAAUAUACAUGUUAUCCUCUUCUUUUC